UGAUGAUUUUAUAGAAAAAAUUGCAUAUUUUACAAAAAGUUUAACAGCCAAGCAUGUUCAAUUUUCAGCCAUUUCAGUAGAAUAUCCAUCAACUGAUCCAGAAGGCUAUGCAAUUGUUUAUAAUUUUAUUGAAAGUAAUAAUUAUUCAAUUGCAAAUAAUAAUCAAACUCAAAAGGCAAUAAAAGAUAAAGCUCAAACUGUUUUUUGUGAU